CACAUAUAUGGAGGGACAGUAUAGUCACAUCCCCCAGACACUACUACAGCUACCAUCCUCCAAUACACAAUAGCGGUUUCUCUUUAUGCUUUCGUACUCGGGUCUCCGAGCGGCAGUCACGUGUGAGCGCUUAGCCAAUGAAAUACUGAGAAGCACGGUCAUGUGACCCAGGCUCCCUCAGGUAUUCAGGGGCUAUUGAGCGAGUAGGAAUACAGAAUAACGACGUCCUCUAUAGCGUUGGUGACUUCUCGGUCGUGUUUAUGGUGGAGUUCCUCCAUUCUAGUCUCCUCACUAGUAAAUUCGAAUAGAGUCAGCGUUAGGAGGACGUAAGCCAUACGACAGACUACAAUUCCCGGCGUACGUCGCGGGACGCGAUGACGUCAGUGACGCGCCUCCGUUUCCGCACACUGCAGUUUCCGCGGAUUCUCCUACAACUCCCAGCAUCCUUUGCGGUGACACCCCGGAAGUGAAGGUGUUGUUGGCAGAUUCCAGCUGAGACCGGGGAACCGAGUGCCGGGCGAUCAUGAACGUGGUUCUAGCGGUGAAGCAGUAUGUGUCCAAGAUGAUAGAGGACAGCGGGCCGGGCAUGAAGGUGCUGCUCAUGGACAAGGAGACGACAAGUGUGGUCAGCAUGGUGUACACCCAGUCGGAGAUCCUGCAGAAGGAGGUCUACCUUUUUGAGCGCAUCGACUCGGCCAAUCGGGAGAGCAUGAAGCACCUGAAGGCCAUAUGUUUCCUCAGGCCCACCAAGGAAAACGUUGAAUACUUGAUCAAGGAGCUGCGAAGGCCAAAGUACAGCGUCUAUUUCCUGUAUUUUAGCAAUGUGAUCAGCAAGAGUGAUGUGAAAUCUCUGGCCGAGGCAGACGAACAGGAGGUGGUGUCAGAAGUGCAGGAGUUUUAUGGAGAUUACAUUGCUGUGAAUCCCCACGUCUUUUCUUUAAACAUAGUAGGCUGCUAUCAGGGUAGGAACUGGGAUCCUGUCCAACUGUCUAGAACCACACAAGGACUGACCGCUCUGCUCCUCUCCCUGAAGAAAUGUCCCAUGAUCCGCUACCAGCUCUCUUCAGAAAUGGCUAAAAGACUGGCAGAAGGAGUCAAGCAAGUCAUUACUAAAGAGUAUGAACUGUUUGAUUUCCGACGCACAGAGGUGCCCCCUUUACUUCUCAUCCUGGACCGCUCUGAUGAUGCCAUCACACCUCUACUCAACCAGUGGACCUACCAGGCUAUGGUCCAUGAGUUACUCGGCAUCAACAACAACCGUAUUGACCUGUCUCGUGUGCCUGGAAUCAGCAAGGAUCUAAAGGAGGUUGUUCUAUCUGCAGAGAAUGAUGAGUUCUAUGCUAAUAACAUGUAUUUGAAUUUUGGAGAGAUUGGGACCAACAUUAAGAACUUGAUGGAAGAUUUCCAGAGGAAGAAACCUAAAGAACAGCAGAAGCUGGAGUCCAUCAACGAUAUGAAGGCUUUUGUAGAAAACUACCCUCAGUUCAAGAAAAUGUCCGGCCAUGUGUCCAAACAUGUGACUGUGGUAGGGGAGCUGUCACGGCUGGUGAGUGAGCGCCAUCUAAUGGAGGUGUCUGAAGUGGAACAGGAGUUGGCCUGUCAGAAUGACCAUUCCAAUGCUCUACAGAACGUGAAACGGCUCCUGCAGAACCAGCGCUUGUCAGAACUGGACGCCACGCGUUUAGUCAUGCUUUAUGCUCUGCACUAUGAGCGGCACAGCAACAAUGCUUUGCAGAGCCUCCUCACUGACCUCCGUAAUCGGGGAGUGUCUGAAAAGUAUCGGAGGCUGGUAUCUCCUGUGGUGGAGUUUGGUGGCAAGAGAGUGCGAGGCAGCGAUCUCUUCAGUCCAAAGGAUGCCGUGGCCAUCACCAAGCAGUUCUUUAAGGGACUUAAGGGGGUGGAGAACGUCUACACUCAGCACCAGCCAUUCCUCCUCGAUACCCUGGACCAGCUUAUUAAAGGAAAACUAAAGGACAACAUGUACCCGUAUGUGGGACCCAGCACACUGCGAGACAGGCCUCAAGAUAUCAUUGUCUUCAUGGUUGGAGGAGCAACUUAUGAAGAAGCUUCAACAGUGUAUCAUCUGAACCGGACAACACCAGGGGUCCGCAUUGUCCUUGGUGGAACCACCAUUCAUAAUACAAAGAGUUUCCUGGAAGAAGUCCAAGCAGCUGGUUUCCACGGCCGCCCUUCAGAAGCAUACCAGGGGGCGACACGGUCAUCAGUCAGGCGAUAAGGACAAAACACAUUGCAUUCCCAUCCGGUGUGGGUCCGGCCCUGCCCGUGCUGGGGGUCUGUGUGUCAUGCUGUGCACUACGUUCUUUCUCUCCUCCUCGAGAUUCCUCUUUUGUACAAUGUCUGUGUCAUCUCCGCAGGGUUUAUGUGCAUGCUGCAUUAUGUGAAGCUUCAGUUCUCCUAAUGGACAGCGAUAAACAUGGGCCUUUGGCUCUUCCCGAGAAUCCUUGGACAAGCACUUUUGAGACCCUAGAUGAAGCACAUGGAUCUACCUGGGGGGGGGAUUACCCAAUAACUAAUGCCAAGACCUAUGUCGGCUGGAUAGUCCUGUCCGUGUAAACAGAAGUGCUCUGUCGGGUUUUGGAUUUUCUGGGAGCAGGUGGACUCUUAUGAUUUGAUAUCCUUGUGGGGCAGGAAAAUACCCAGUGUGUGGUGGGGAGGUGAUCCUGAGGGAAAAAAGGGGGUGACUUUAUUUAGUAUGUGGGAAGGAUCUAAGAGAGAACUCUAUAGUGGAUGUAUUUGUUUACAAGUCUAAAACCCUCAUCUCCUGUGGAUCAGAAAUGGCACUGCCCCUUGGGCCCAAGAGCUUCACCAUUGGGCUCAUGUGAAAUGGCUUUAAAGGGGUACUCCACUGCUCAGUGUUUGGAACAAACUGUUCCAAACGCUGGAGUCGGCGCCUGGAGCUCGUGACAUCAUAGCCCCGCCCCCUCAUGAUGUCACCCCUC